AUGACUCCAAUCCGGCUGGGAAUCAUCGGCCUGUCUGGUACAAAUCUCAGCAGCUGGGCUAGCACAGCUCAUUUGCCUUACCUUCUCUCUCCCCGUGGUAAAGCUCAGUACAAGAUUGUCGCCGUCUGCAAUUCGAGCAUAGACUCUGCACGUUUAGCGAUUGAGAUAUUCCAGCUUCCACCUGGCACUCGACCAUACGGCAAUCCCCACGACCUGGCUCAGGAUGCCAACGUUGACCUCGUAGUAUGCAGCACCCGCGUCGACAAGCAUUACGAGUCCAUCAAGCCCAGCAUCAUCGCCGGCAAGGCGGCCUUUGUGGAAUGGCCUUUGGCAUCGAAUGUUUUCCAGGCGCGCGAGCUAGCUGAGCUGGCCAAGGACAAGGGAAUCAACUCUGUAAUUGGCCUACACGGACCCGUCACCGCCCCUGUCAACGUUGUUCAAGGACUCUUGGAGCAGGGCCGCAUCGGCAAAGUUCUCAGCUCUGAGGUAAAGGCGAGUGCAGGUACGGGUGACUACCACGCAGUUCCAGAGUCCUUGAGAUACUUUACCCAGUCUGAAGUGGGAGGAAACGCGAUUACGAUUGGAUUCGGUCACUUAUGGGACAUUUUGCAGUUUGCUCUCGGGGAUGCUCAGGACAUUUGUAACCGACUUCAGCUGCAGCAACCUGAAGUCGGGCUCACCUCUUCGAGUACAGGCAUGGUCGUUGAGACAGUCAAGUCAGACGUGCCAGACCUUGUUUUCGUGACCGCCUUAUUAAAAGGCGAGAAAUACAUCCAGGAUGGCGCUUCUCUCUUCGUCAGCUUCCGCCGUGGUCCGCCAUUCCCUGGCGAGCCCCAUCUGACAUGGACUAUUCACGGAGAAAAAGGUGAGAUCAAGUUUAUAGCCGAAGGCGGCACAACUCCGCGGACUAUAGCUUCAAAACCCGUCAAGAUCGUAUUGCACGACUUUUCCACUAAACAUGUUCAAGUCAUUGGCUGGAGCUGGGAGGCUUGGUGUCAGGAACUCCCAGCCGCGGCCCGAGGUGUCGCCAGACUAUAUGAAGCAUACGCCCGUGGGGACAAUACAGCGUAUUUCGACAUUCAGCAUGCUUUGAAACGCCAUGAGCAAUUAGAAAGUAUCCAAGCUAGUAAGAAUUAA